AUGACCAACUCUCUCUCUGCGGCCACCUGCGCGAUCUAUGCAGUCCUCGCCAUACCGGUCCUCUACCUCCUUGUCCGACACGGUCGCUACGGUCUUCUAGGAUGGCUUUUUCUGUUCUUCUUUUGCACCCUCCGCAUCAUCGGCGGCGCGCUCGCAAUCAACGACACCAGCGGCGCCGCUAAUAUCAUCUCCAGCGUCGGUCUUUCUCCUCUCCUUCUCGCAACAGCCGGCAUUCUACAUGAAGCUCGACACUAUCGCAUUCAACCCGUCGAUAAAAAAAUGGAAUGGGUCUUCGUCCUUGCCUACCAUAUGCUGGUUGUCGCAGGCGUCGCCUUAACCGCGGCCGGCUCUGCGAAACUCCAGCAACACGAGCAACCCCUCGACAAGGCCGAGAGGAUGGCCAAGGUGGGUAUUGCGAUUCUGGCUGCCGCGUGGGGGGGUUUGGCUGGCUGGACCGCCUUCUCGUUUAUUGUUCCACGGGGAGGGAAUCCCUCUCUCGCGAGAGCGGGGACAGUCCUGCUUACGGCCAUCGCCUUCUCGCUCAUUUUAAUCGGCAUCCGAGUCUUCUACAGUGUUGCGGCGCUGUGCACGCAGAGGGCGUCGCUUAACCCCAUCACUGGGUCGCUGGCUGUCCGUGUGGUGCUGGGAUUCCUGCCUGAGGUGAUUGCCACGCUUGUAUAUCUUUUUGCGGGGAUCAGGACGCAGAGUGCGGCGCUGUUGGCUCGUGAAGAGGAGAUGGUUUCCGUUCUGCCGAAACGGCGUGCUCAACCUUGGGUUUAG